AUGGGAAAGCCUUCUGUCACUAUAACGACAGCAAAAGCUAUUAUAAACUCGGAGUAUACUCUCAUCAAAUCACAUUCGAAAUACAAGCUUCCCACGUAUUUCAAAAGUCUCGAUGCGAACCCAUCUUGGGGAAGAACUCCCGUUGUAAAAAUGUUUUACCGCCGAUUUAUGAGACUGAAGCCCUUUGUGUCGAAUGUAAAAAUGGUUGAAGAUACGUAUAGGGAUUAUCUUCGAUACAAAUUCACGAAAGAAAAUUACGAACUCAAACGAUAUUUGGUAUUCAAUCCUGACGGUUUGAGGUCAAAAACUAAACUUGAUCUUCUGAACAACGCAAAUUGUAGUGAAAUGGUACUUCCCGUGAAGGAGAUGCAAGAAACUUUGAAAUUUGUUUUAAAGAGCUGUUCAUACUUGCCUGAAACAAAAGACCUAAAGUGGGACAUUGCAAGAGACAAUACGUACUGCAGGCAAAUCUUAAAAAAUGUUCUAACGAUGCGAUAUGAAAAAUAUAGAUCAGCUUUGUAUAGAGGGGUAGGUCAUGAUGAACUUGACAUCAAAUUCUCCCAUUUGAAAGCGACUUCUAAUCCACUAGCGAAAUUAAGUAAAAAUGAUAAGAAAAAGGUCCCGCUUUUCAAAGUAUUCAGCGAUUUUGACACUACCUUGGUAUACCUUAAUGAAACGUUAGGUACAAGAUUAUAA